AUGACCCCGCUCUGGCCGGCGCUCCGCCGUGUGCUCUGGGAAUACUGGGCAGCGCUCCUGGUCGGCGGCCUCUGGGGCCCCGGCGCGCAUGGGAUGCCGCAUGUCAUCCGGAUCGGAGGAAUCUUUGAGUACGCAGAUGGCCCCAAUGCCCAGGUUAUGAGUGCUGAAGAGCAAGCCUUUAGAUUUUCUGCCAAUAUUAUUAACAGAAAUAGAACUUUGUUGCCUAACACAACAUUAACCUAUGACAUUCAGAGGAUACACUUCCACGACAGCUUUGAAGCAACUAAGAAAGCCUGCGACCAGCUUGCUCUUGGGGUUGUAGCAAUAUUUGGACCUUCACAAGGCUCCUGUACCAACGCCGUCCAGUCUAUUUGCAACGCGCUGGAGGUCCCCCACAUCCAGCUUCGAUGGAAGCACCAUCCCCUGGAUAACAAGGACACUUUCUAUGUCAACCUGUACCCCGACUACGCCUCUCUGAGCCACGCCAUUCUGGACCUGGUGCAGUAUUUGAAAUGGAGGUCAGCCACCGUGGUUUACGACGACAGCACGGGCCUUAUACGGCUGCAAGAGCUCAUCAUGGCCCCGUCGCGGUACAAUAUCCGGCUGAAAAUCCGCCAGCUCCCGCUGGACACCGAUGACGCCAGGCCUCUGCUCAAGGAGAUGAAGCGGGGCAGGGAAUUUCGCAUCAUCUUCGACUGCAGCCACGUGAUGGCGGCUCAGAUCCUCAAGCAGGCCAUGGCAAUGGGAAUGAUGACAGAAUACUACCACUUCAUCUUCACCACUCUGGAUCUUUAUGCAUUAGACCUAGAACCAUAUCGCUACUCUGGAGUGAACCUGACUGGCUUCCGGAUCCUCAACGUGGAGAACCCGCACGUGGCCUCCAUCGUCGAGAAGUGGUCCAUGGAGCGGCUGCAGUCAGCGCCCAAGGCAGAGCUGGGCCUGCUGGACGGCGUCAUGAUGACAGACGCUGCCCUGUUGUACGACGCAGUUCACAUCGUCUCGGUGUGCUACCAGCGAGCCCCUCAGAUGACCGUUAACUCCCUGCAGUGCCAUCGGCACAAAGCCUGGAGGUUUGGUGGCCGCUUCAUGAAUUUCAUAAAAGAGGCCCAGUGGGAAGGAUUAACUGGACGGAUUGUCUUUAACAAAACUAGUGGUUUACGGACAGAUUUUGAUUUGGACAUCAUCAGCCUCAAAGAAGAUGGGCUUGAAAAGGUUGGAGUGUGGAGCCCUUCGGACGGCUUGAAUAUCACGGAAAUCUCCAAGGGACGAGGGCCAAAUGUCACCGACUCGCUGAGCAACAGAUCUCUAAUCGUCACCACUGUCCUGGAAGAGCCCUUCGUCAUGUUCCGCAAGUCAGACACGGCCCUGUUUGGGAACGACCGCUUCGAGGGCUACUGCAUCGACCUUCUGAAGGAACUGGCCAUCAUCCUGGGCUUCACCUAUGAGAUCCGGCUGGUGGAGGAUGGGAAAUACGGCGCACAGGACGACAAGGGGCAGUGGAACGGCAUGAUCAAGGAGCUCAUUGACCACAAAGCUGAUCUGGCCGUUGCUCCUCUCACCAUCACCCACGUUCGGGAGAAAGCGAUAGACUUCUCCAAGCCCUUCAUGACCCUCGGGGUCAGCAUUCUCUACCGGAAGCCCAACGGGACCAACCCCAGUGUGUUCUCCUUCCUCAACCCCUUGUCUCCUGACAUUUGGAUGUACAUCCUCCUCGCCUACCUGGGCGUCAGCUGCGUGCUCUUUGUCAUAGCCAGGUUCAGCCCGUACGAGUGGUAUGAUGCUCAUCCCUGCAACCCAGGCUCAGACAUCGUAGAGAACAACUUCACCCUGUUGAACAGCUUCUGGUUUGGGAUGGGAGCAUUGAUGCAGCAAGGCUCUGAGCUGAUGCCCAAAGCGCUGUCUACACGGAUCAUUGGUGGCAUAUGGUGGUUCUUCACCCUAAUUAUCAUCUCGUCCUACACGGCCAACCUUGCCGCCUUCCUGACUGUGGAGAGGAUGGAAUCCCCCAUCGACUCAGCAGAUGACUUGGCAAAGCAGACAAAAAUAGAGUACGGAGCAGUGAAGGACGGAGCUACUAUGACCUUCUUCAAGAAAUCUAAAAUUUCCACCUUUGAAAAAAUGUGGGCAUUCAUGAGCAGCAAGCCCACAGCACUCGUUAAAAAUAAUGAGGAAGGAAUCCAGCGAACCCUCACAGCUGAUUAUGCCCUGCUGAUGGAGUCAACCACUAUCGAAUACAUCACGCAGAGGAACUGCAACCUGACUCAGAUUGGAGGGCUAAUUGAUACCAAAGGCUACGGGAUCGGCACUCCCAUGGGGUCACCGUACAGGGACAAGAUCACCAUUGCCAUCCUCCAGCUCCAAGAGGAGGACAAGCUCCACGUAAUGAAAGAGAAGUGGUGGCGCGGGAACGGCUGCCCCGAGGACGAGAACAAGGAGGCCAGUGCUCUCGGCAUUCAAAACAUCGGGGGGAUUUUCAUCGUUUUGGCUGCAGGCUUGGUGCUCUCGGUCUUUGUGGCAAUGGUGGAGUUCAUCUACAAGCUGCGCAAAACGGCGGAGCGUGAGCAGCGCUCCUUCUGCAGUGCCAUGGCUGACGAGAUCCGGCUGUCUCUCACCUGCCAGCGACGGGUCAAACACAAGCCUCAGCCCCCCGUCAUGGUGAAGACGGAUGCAGUGAUCAACAUGCACACGUUCAACGACCGACGACUGCCCGGGAAGGACAACAUGACUUGCAACACUGGAUUGACGCCUGUGUUCCCAUAG